AUGCCAAAGUCUGCAAAAGGAGAAGUAUAUAAAAAAAAAUAUACUGAGGAAGAUUUAGAAGCGGCAAUCCAAGCAAUUCAAAAUGGUAUGUCUAAAAGAGCAGCUGCCAAAGUAUUUGGGAUACCUCGAGGAACUUUGCAGUUUCGAUUACAAGGGAAUUUUUUAAAAACGAGACCGGGUCCGCCUACAAUCCUUACAAAUGACGAGGAAAACACUUUGGUUGAGUGGAUAAUACAAAGCAGUAGAAAAGGUUUUCCACGGCGUAAAGAAGAUCUAUUACAUAGUGUUACUGACUUUCUAAAGAAAUCACCUAGGCCAAAUAAUUUUAUAGAUAAUAAGCCAGGAGAGGGGUGGUACAAGUUGUUUCUUAAACGUCACCCCGAAAUAGUACAAAGAACGGCUGAAGCUGUUACUUCGGCAAGUGCCAAUGUAUCAGAAAAGAACAUCAAAAAAUGGUUUCAGCAAAUUGAAACUUGGUUAGAAGAAGAAGAAUUCCUGCAUAUCCUACGAGAUCCUAAACGUAUUUUUAACGGUGAUGAAACAAAUUUCUUGUUAUGUCCAAAAACCUCCAAAGUUUUAGCCCUAAAAGGUACUCGCGACGUGUAUGAAGUGGAUAACGCGCCUGCGAAAUGUGGACUGACAGUGAUGUUCACAUUUUCGGCUACCGGAGUUAUUACACCACCGAUGAUUAUCUACCCACUCAAACGUAACAGAGCAGAUAUUACGGCGUCUGUACCACCAGAAUGGGGUAUAGGUCUGUCAUCAAAUGGAUGGAUGAACAAAGAUCUAUUUUUACAAUACAUUACUAAUGUUUUACAUCCACAUCUUGUAAAAGAAAAUACAAAAUUCCCCAUUCUUCUGUUUGUUGAUGGACACAAAAGUCAUAUCAAUUUUGAACUUAGCAAAGCAUGCAAAGAAAGAGGUAUAAUACUUAUAGCAUUAUACCCAAACGCGACUCGCAUCUUACAACCCGCAGAUGUAGCUGCCUUUAAGCCUAUAAAAAGUGCAUGGAAAAAAGGAGUAUUAGAAUGGAGAAGGGAAAAUGCGACAAAAAAUUUGACAAAAAUUGAUUUUGGUCCAAUACUAAGCAUUGUAUUAAAGAAAUAUAUAGACAAACAAAUUAUUAUAAACGGAUUUCGAGCUUGUGGAUUGUAUCCUUGGAAUCCAAAUGCAAUUAACUACCAAAAAUGCCUUGGCAAAAAUGUGACCCAAUCGACCAGAAUUCAAGAAAACAGACCACAAAGGGCAAUUACAUUCACAGACUUUGAAAAAAUCGUGGGACAAAACAUCGUAUCCCGUCUUACUUCUGAGACACCCGAUAAAUCAAAUUGUUUUUACAAAGCACUAAAAGACAUAUACGACCAUUUGAAGGGUAAAGAUAUAGAACAGGAAGACAGUACUACUUCAAGCGAUUAUUUAGUAAUAGAAAAUGAAUUGAUUACAAUAAAUGACAUACCGAUCGUAAUUUCAAACUCCAAUAAUAUUGAAGAAUCUCAUACUGACACUAUUGAAACUGAAACUACAGAGUAUACUGAAUUACUUACAACAGACUUAUUUGACGAUUUGGAGACCCUAAACCUAACAGAGUCCUACGAUUUGUCAGCAGAUAUUCGGAAUACUAUUAAAAUGAAUGCCAACUUAUAG